AUCAUUGCACUUCUCCAUUCCUUUUUAAAUUAUGCCUAUACCAUCUUACAAAAAGCCUAAUCAAAUAAGAAUUGCUGCAGUUUCAAAUUAUAAGCUUGCACAACUUACCUUUGCACCACCAAAUAAUUUUACAUUAAGAAAGACUGCAUUAAUUAAAAAUUUAGUGAAUAUCAUCUAUAGACAUACACCACGCGAAUAUCUUUCGAAAUUAACUCGAUGGCAAUAUUUUACACCUGAAUCACUUGAGGAUGUAACUCAAAAAGAUAUUGAAAAAAUCAUUUAUCGAUAUUCACAAACUAUCUUUAAUACAGCAAACAUAUUAGAAAAGAGACUUCGAGAGCACCAAUUUUUGUUUUCAGACUAUCCAGAACAAGUGUACGAGGAAGAAGAUGAUCAGAUGAAUGAUAAUGAUAAUGAUCAAACAGAGGAACUAAUAGAAGCCUCAUUUUAUGCAGCUCUUUUCUCUCAUCCUAAUUCUGUAUUCUCAAAUGAUUCAUUAGACAGUGUUGUUGAUAAAGAGGAGAAAAAGAAAGACAUCACUCCUGUCGUCCUAAAAGUAGAAGAAGAGAUAAAACCUAUUCCUGAAACGAUAAUCGAUAAUCAAACCGAGGAGCCGCCCUCUAUUCCUCCAAGGAAGCUUUCAACCAACAAUCAUGAUAACACCAACACCAAUCGUUUAAGCUGGCUUAGUGAUACUGGUGUAUCCACUAAUAGUACACUUGCUUCGAAUUUAGCUAGUGAAUUAAUGACUUUAUUUGAUAUGGAAUUUAACGUGGAUCUUAAUUUACCUGACUUGAGAAAGCUGGAUGGUAGUACCAAAAACGCUAGCAGUACGUCGUUACACAAGGUAUUCACUGCUGAUCAAUGUAAUUCCGAUGACGACUCUGAUAACAAUGAUUAUUUUGCCGACUCUCUCGUCUUAUCUUUAGAUCAAACUUUAACAUCUUCUAGCCAUAUACCAGAUGAAUUAAUACAGAGACAGUCUGAUCAUCAUUUAAUCCAUCACUCUUCCUCAUCCUAUAAUGAAGAUGUUUCUACAUUUAAUUUUAUAUCUCAUUCCGGUCCACCACCUUUUAUACCGAUUCCACAGUCUUUGUUUCAUGACUUUAAAUAUGAAGAUACUUAUUUAUCCGAUGAGGAGAAAGAUAUCGAAAGCAAAUUAAAAUCAAAGGAUUCAUUGGGUAGUCUUAGUCUAGACCAUACUCAGCUACCUAAUAGAAGUACAUCACUCGAUUACCGAAACUCCCUGCAAAGCAGAUUUGAACUCUCAGAAGAUGAAAUAUCAGAAGCAUCCUCUAACUAUUUUCAUGAUUCUUUGAAUUCAAUUGAAUUAGAAGAAAUCCAAACUCAGAAACAUGACCAUUUAGAUGAUGCUGUUGAUGAUGAUGAUGAUGAUGAUGACGACGAUGCGCCUCCUACUUUUAAAGGCUUUUUACAUGCUCUUACUAAAAUCAAAAAGACUAAUAGUUUUAAUCAAAGUAUACAGGAAGAUGACUUGAAAGAACGGAACGGAAUUCAAUCAGGAGAUUCUUAUUCGGCCAUUCAUCAUCAUCAUCCAUCAGAAAGUCUCCCGAAUGAUGGAACAUCCGAUUCUAUCGAUCUUCAAUCCAUCAAGACACAUAAACGAAAGAAUUCACUACAAAAACUAAUAGACUUUAUCAAAAGUGAGAGCAGUGGUGAUAGUAAGAAUUCGUCAACUUCAGUAAACGGUAUGCAGACUGAAACAUCUACAUCUACAAUAAGCAAGACAACAAGUAAUCAGUAUCCAUUUUCAUCAUCCUCUUCUGCUUCCAUAAAUAAUAUAAAUUUCUUUUCCGACGAUAUUCAUAAGAAACAACUUCGAAGUACGCCACCUUCAUCAUCAGUCGCUUUAGAUUCAAAAGGAACAAUGAAACGCCAAGGGAGCUAUACGAUAUCGUCCAUUAUUUCUGAUACAUCUUCCUUUAAUUGGUCUGAUGAGGUCCUUCAGCGUCCACAUACGCACGAAGAAAGUGGCUCAGUUCGUUCCAAGAUGAGUAAUCAAAGUAGCCGAACCUUACCUACCUUUAUUGGCGAUAAAGGAAGAAAAGGGGAGCAUAAUAGUCCAUUAAAUCAACGUUCAAAAUAUACUUUACCCAUCGGAUUUUUCAAAAAAUUGGCUACGUUUAGUAAGAAGGAUAAAAAACCAAUUAGAGCCUAGAUAGUGUACAUUUUGUUUUGUUUUUUUAUUAUUAUUUUUUUUUAAUUAUUAUAUUUUUAUCAAAUCUUAUAUAUAUAUAUUUAUAUUAAUAUUUCU